CUGGGACAGCGGCGACACCGGAGCACCCCUGAACACGAUGGCUGCAGAGGGUCCCUGCGCCCCGGGCGCCGUCAACCCCCUGCCAGCCCCUGCCGAGAGCGGCUGCUCGGACGAGUUUGCCCUGGACUGCACCUUCGCUGCCUGCGACCCCGAGCGAACAGGGAUGGUGCAGCCGCAGCGGGUGGUCGAGUAUGUGGCAGCGAUGACGGGGCACAGUGGGCACGAUGGGCGGCUGCGGGCACUGCAGCAGGCGCUGGACCCUGCGGCCGCAGGCACGGCGCUGGACUGGACCCGAUUCCGCACCGCCAUGGGCGCCUGGAUCGCAGCAUGCCGGCAGGACGGGGCCGAGGAGCAGGACGUGGCGACUGGUGAUGCUGGACCAGUGCCACUGGAGGACAACGGACAUGUGUCCCCAGCAGCCGCCCAGCUCCAGGGUGACAACAUGGAUGUCACCACCCCCAGUGCCGAGACCGCGGGGCUGCGGAGCCGUGCCCGGCAACUGGCAGCCCAGAAUGCCAAACUGCAGCGGGAUGCUGAGCUGGCCGAGGAGGUCAACACCCGCCUGGCCGAGGAGAUUGCACAGCUCCAGGCACAGCUGCGGAGUAGCCGGCAGGCACUGGAGCAGGCUAGGGUGGCUGUCGAGGAGCUGGAUGACAUGAAGGCCACGGUGAAGCAGCUGGAGGAGGAGAACACGGAGCUCCGGCGACAGGCACGGCAUGCGGAGAAGCAGCAGUACAGCCUGGGCUCGCGAGCCGAGGCUCUACAGGAGGAGAACCAGCAGCUCCUUGCCGAGGGCCAGGGACUGCGGGAGCAGAUACAGGCACAGGCAGCCCGGAUGGCCAGCCUGGAGGCCCAGCUCUGCCAUGGCACUGCCCUGCUGUCUGCCCGGGACACAGCCCUUGCCCAGGCAGGGCAGCGGACGCAGGAGCUAACAGCAGCACUGGAGGAGUACGAGCGGGUGGUGCAGGAACUGCGUCUGGAGACAACGCGGCUGCGGCAGCAGCUGGGCCGGAUGCGGGACGCAUGGGCCAUGCGCCCGUGGUGCCCGCGCAGCCAGUUGGACAUCCAGGCCACAGUGGCAGUGAGCCAGGUGACAGGAGACAAGGAGGAGGAGGACACGGGGAUGGUGCUGUCCAGAGGAGGAGGCCUGGUGGGGAGCAGUGAGGAGGUGGCCGAGGUGGUGGCCCCACAGGCACUGUUGUCACCAUGGACACCACUGUCACCAUGGGCUCUGGCACUGCUGGCGCUGCUGGCCCUGUUCUACCUCCUGCCGCACCAGUGGCCCCAGCCCCAGCUGCGCUACCGGAGCCCCCCACCCCUGUGAGACCCCCAGUAAAGACCAGUUGAGCACUGCUGCUUCCA